AUGAGCUGCUGCGGCCUCCUGACACACCCCACGCACAGCCGCUGCGGCCUCCUGACACACCCCACGCACAGCCGCUGCGACCUCCUGACGCACCCCACGCACAGCCGCUGCGACCUCCUGACGCACCCCACGCACAGCCCGCUGCGGGUGGGCAGCCGGGGCAGAGCUGGGGACGGGCAGUGGGGAGCUGGCCUGUGGGGAGCUGACCGGGCCUCUGCCUCCCCAGCCUCUCCCAUGGGACACGGCACGAGCCGGCUCUACAGCGCUCUCGCCAAGACGCUGACCAGCGGCGCUGCCGCCCCGCACCCCGAGUACCUGCUGUCCCCUGACCCUGAGCACCUGGAGCCCAUCGAUCCCAAGGAGCUUCUGGAGGAAUGCCGCGCCGUCCUGCACACCCGGCCUCCCCGGUUCCAGCGGGACUUCGUGAGCGUGAGCAGCGUGAGCAGCGAGUGCCCCAGCAGCCACCCGCCCAUCAGGGUCAUGCAGUGGAACAUCCUCGCCCAAGCCCUUGGAGAAGGCAAGGACAACUUCGUGCAGUGUCCGGCGGAGGCUCUCAGGUGGGAAGAAAGGAAGUGUCUUAUUCUGGAGGAGAUCCUGGCCUACCAGCCCGACAUCCUGUGUCUGCAAGAGGUGGACCACUACUUUGACACCUUCCAGCCGCUGCUCAGCCGUCUGGGCUACCAGUGCACCUUUCUCCCCAAGCCCUGGUCGCCCUGUCUGGAUGUGGAGCACAACAAUGGGCCUGAUGGCUGUGCCUUGUUCUUCCUCCAGAACCGGUUCAAGCUCAUCAACAGUGCCAACAUUAGGCUGACAGCCAUGACACUGAAAACCAACCAGGUGGCCAUCGCGCAGACGCUGGAGUGCAGGGAGUCUGGGCGGCAGCUGUGCGUGGCGGUCACGCACUUGAAAGCACGCACCGGCUGGGAGCGGUUCCGGUCGGCUCAGGGCUGUGACCUUCUCCAGAACCUGCAGAGCAUCACGCAGGGGGCCAGGACCCCCCUCAUCGUGUGCGGGGACUUCAACGCGGAGCCCACCGAGGAGGUCUACAGGCACUUCGCUUCCUCCAGCCUCAACCUGAGCAGCGCCUAUAAGCUGCUCAGCGCCGACGGGCAGUCGGAGCCGCCGUACACCACCUGGAAGAUCCGGACUUCGGGGGAGUGCCGCCACACCCUGGACUACAUCUGGUACUCCCAGCACGCGCUCAGCGUGCGCUCCGCUCUGGACUUGCUCACCGAGGAACAGAUCGGACCCAACCGGCUCCCGUCCUUCAAUUACCCCUCAGACCACCUGUCCCUCGUGUGUGACUUCAGCUUUAAGGAGCCGCCUCAUGGACUUCUGUAAACGGGCUGCGCACCGUUUUAACCACUCCAGUCUUUAACUGGGGUGUUGCGGGGAACCAGACAAGAAGGGGCCG